AACAGGUCCGGGCGGGCGGCUGUCCGAGGCUACAAGGCUUCCUUCGGCGCCUGCGCAACAGCGAGCAGACCGAGCUGGACUUCCAACGGCUUUGCCACCGCAUCUAUGCCCCAUCGUCUCGAGCUUCUUUCGUAGACGGCCUGCGAGCCAUUACUCCCCUAAACCGAGACCGGGAGGACCGAACAUGGCAGCCGUCGUCCAGUGGGUUCGUACGCACGACAGGCACAUCUCCAUCUUGGUCUCCGAGCACGAGGCCGAGUUCAGGAAAAGGCUUAGCGUCGAAGAGCUGCGUGACGUGCUCUGGCACAGAGACGACUCCCAGCUUCCAACUACCGGCGCUGUUCUUCUAUGCGCAAGGGAUGCCGGUGGUGGUGACGCGAAACCAGUUCGUCGGGUGAAGGUGGUCAACGGGGCGCCCUCCAAAGCUGUCGACGUAUUCUCCAAUCUCGCGUCGGACACCAUCACCCUCGCCAGGGACGUGACCCUCCAUCUCGGACCGCCCGUGGCCGUCCUUCUUCAGUCGGACGACAGCGCGGGCCUCGCAAUACCCGGGCUCCCCUACGGCAUGAUACUGAUCAAGAGCAAGGCGGUUGCCGUCCCGGGUCAGAUGCGGGGCAAGAUGCGCAGGUCUCGAGACCAGAAGAGCAGGCAGGGCAAGCAGUUCUCGGACGUCCUUGUCAACCUCAAAGGCAUCCACGCCGGCGGCACGGCGACGCGGCCCAUCUUCAUGGGCCUGUAUGUGCAGCUGUUAGAGGGCGGAGAGAACGUGCUGGCUCAAGACAUGAGGGACGCUAUCCUCGAGUUGGAAAGACGGGGUGAGGAGACCAGAUGGCGGUUUGAACGGGAUCACAGCGACGAGGCGUGGUUACAGGAAUGGAAUGCCAUGGCCGAAUAUGCGCAGGUUGCUGAAGCCGCCGACGAAGAGGACGCGUCGCUCCGCCCCAACACGGGAUCGUGAUACGCCUCGCCAUGGUUGCUUCGGCUGCUAUGGCCGCUCUGGGUUGCGCCGUGCCUGAAGUUCCUCCAGGCACGGCGCAUGCGCCUUCAAGUUCCC